AGUGCCACGCAGCAGGUGCCGUGCGCUGCUGCGGCCACAGGUGUCGCCAGAGCUCCCCAGCGUGGCAGCAGCCAGGCGAGCCGCAGCAGCGGGAGGAUCCAGUCCGCUCCACGCUCUCCAUGUUGAAACGGAGCAACUUCUCCCCCAGCCGUCUCCCGACAGUCCACCACCGCCCGCCACCCACUCCCCACAGACCCGUGCUAUGACGCUGGACUGGGAAGGAAGCGCGGAAACAACUGUAUGAGCGCCGGCCUUGGUCGACACAGAGUGAGACAGGCUGCUCCCACAAAGGCCUCUGGAUGCGGUGUCUCUUGCAGCUCAGGUGAAAGUUAGACCUUAAGGGGAAAUGACAGAGGGGACAGAGGGGGAAGGGCCAACAUGAGUGCUAAAUCAGAGGACGAGCGGGGUGUCAGGAUGAAGGAGGAGAAUUUGUUCCAUCGGAGGUUUUCCCUGUGCCCCAAUGCCACCUCCCCACCCAAAAUUGACCCCCGCACCCUCACCCGGAAUCUGUCUUAUGGAGGAGACAACGACCUCUACAACCUCAGCCCAGGCAGUGAGACAGACAGGAACGGUCUCUCCAUGCUGAGUAAUGAACUUAGUCCUGCCCAAUCACCAGGCAGCAAGUCUGAGUCCAGGAUGUUUAAUGGUCUUGAAAAGGACUGCCCCUCCCCCACAGAGAAGCUGGCUCGGAAGGAGUCUCUCAAGGUCCAAAAGCAGAAUUACAGACAAGAGAAGAAACGGGCAGCUAAAGAACUGUUCAGUGCACUAAAGGACCCCAGUGUUGUCAUCAUGUCCAACUGGCUUAAGAUCCGCGGCUCUUUAAAGAGUUGGACCAAGCUGUGGUGUGCCCUGAAGCCUGGAGUUCUUUUGAUAUAUAAGACCCCCAAAACAGACCAAUGGGUGGGCACCAUCCUCCUCAGUGCAUGCAAGCUGAUCGAGAGACCCUCAAAGAAGGACGGUUUCUGCUUCAAGCUCUACCACCCGCUGGACAAAUCCAUCUGGGCUGUCAAGGGUCCCAAGGGAGAGAACGUUGGCUCCAUCACACAGCCUCUACCCAGCAACUACCUGAUCUUCAGAGCUGCGUCAGAGUCUGAUGGCCGAUGCUGGAUGGAUGCCCUGGAGCUGGCUCUCAGCUGCUCCAGUCUCUACAAGUUGACUUCCAAAGCAGGGAGAGAAGGCGAUAUCAGCACGUAUUCAGAGUCCUCCCAUAUACUCCACCUGCUGCAUUCUACCGCACUCACCGACACAGACCUGCUGCAAAUCACAGCUGAAGAAACAUGGACUCCCAGAGAUGUUGUUUGCUAAAUGCAAAACACUGCCCCCCAAUGCAGCACACAAGGUUAGCUUUGUUAGCUAUGUAGUGCAUACCAUUCUAGCAUUCUACCAUUUUGGUUUCCAUGUUAAAUGAUUGCAUUUGGAAGAGAGCAUGUCAAUGUAUUUCCCCCAUUCUUGAAAAGCCAAAAUCCAAAAAAUUGUCUGAAUCUGUAGCCUUUGAAAAUGCUAAAUAAAGUUAAAAGAAUAAAGCUGCAUAUGAGAAAAAUCAAAGUUUCACACACAAACACAUCAAUAUAAACAUACUCUUUGAGAGCUGGAUUCAGGAAACUACUUUUUCAAUUAAAAAAAAAAAAAUCUGUAAUUUAUAUAUACAUUAUUCCAUGUCUGGUUCUCUCAAGAUUGUAACAUGAAACCAGAUCAGCCUCACAUACUUGGGGAUUUGAACAGUAAGAGCAGUGAAGAGUAUCUAAGCAUAAGUUUUGCCAUUCUGUGAUAUCCGUAAAGACAGGGACAGCAUGAAGGAAAAAUAGAUGACCUUGCAAUUAUUAAUCAUAUUUAAGGCUUGACCAUAAUGGUUGCCCAAUUGUCCCAGGCAACCAAAAUGGGCCACUAGACUAUGCUGUAUUCUUCACCUUUGGUGUAGAAUACAAAGUUAAGUUUAAAAGUGGAGUACAAUAGCCUCUGCACAUUAGACUCCAUUUCAAAAUGGAAACGCAUCAAAAUAACUUUUCAACAUCCUUAAAAAACCAUUGCCCUGCAUAUGCAAUCUCUCUUUAGUAUUCCUAUGGUCAAAUUAUUCAGUCACUGUUUUAUUUUGCCUGGUUAGUGAAGGUGAGCCACAUGCAUCAUUCAUGCUAAGUGUAGGCCUACCUUUGUGUCUAUACUGUGUGUGUGACGUUAAGAGAGACAGAGAGAGUGUUUAUUAAUUUCAUUAAUGAAAUGAGGUUUAAUUGCAUAGCAGCAGUAUGACUCUUCUCUCUUGCACUGAACAGUGUGAGCAUCAUGUGAUGUUGCCAUAGUUUGAUCCUCUCAUAUAAUCAUCUUUUUUACAUUUGAACACUGGAUCCAGUGAACUUCUAAAAAUCAGCUUUGCUUUGUUGAGUGUAUAAAGUAGCACAUUGUCCUUUUACUGGACACUGGCUAGAAUAUUUAUUAUACUAGCAGGAUAGAGGACUCUUUGAGGAGUGUGUAAAUGUCUUCCAAAACAUUUUUUAUGGUGUCAUGUUGUCACCUGUCAGGCCCUGAUAUCCUGUAUUGUCUAUAAAAUAUUCAGCUUUAUUAGUAGAGUUUUAAAUGUAAAUAUAGAUUCUGAAAUAGUAGCCUGAGAAGUGACGAUGUUCACUGAGAAAUCGAACGUGUAAAUAGUUUACCAUUAAGCAAGGCAGCUAACCCCCAUUAGGUGAUGGACAGUAGACGACUGUGGCUGUGCCGAACUAGGAACGUGACCCAAAAUUAAUUAAUUGUUGUGUAACAAGACUGCUACACAGCUAUCAGCAACUUCAAAUGUUUAAAUAGAAUGGUGUAUUUAAACAUUGGUGUGUAU